AAGCGUUCAGAUAUAUCUCGAAUUCUCCAUCGUUACUCUCGAAAAAGAAAAACAAAAAAAAUCUCGAUUUCUCAGCUCUCAAAAAUCUCUUAUUUGAGCCGUUUUCCUCUUCAAUUUGGUGUGUUUCUCUCGUGUUUCUGGUGAAUACAAUCAAUUCCAAUAUAGUUAUAUACGUGUAGCUUCGAUGUGAAGUUUGAGCUCUGCAUUUAUGACUGUGAAGAAGCUGUGUUUGUUUGUUUGUGCGUGACAUUUUGGGGAUUUCGAAUUGCGAUUUGGAAUAAAACCUAGCGGUGUUUGCGCGGCGCAAUGAUGAAGCUGGGGUUGAAAUCACGGUCGCGGAGAGUGGUGCAGGACAGCUCAAUGGCGGUGGAGAAAUCGAAGGUUUUAAUGGGCAAAAUUAAAGGCGAAUCGGAUGAAAAUUGCAGCUAUUUUUGCUGGGCGAGUUUGCCGCCGGAGUUGUUGAGGGAAGUAUUGAUGAAAUUGGAGGAAUCGGAGUCGAAGUGGCCGGCGAGGAAGCACGUAGUUGCGUGUGCGGGUGUGUGCAAGAGCUGGAGGGAAGUGAUGAAGGAGCUCGUCAAAACUCCGGAAGCUUCUGGAAAGAUCACGUUUCCUAUAUCUGUGAAGCAGCCUGGCCCAAGAGAAUCUCUUAUGCAGUGCUUUAUAAAAAGGAAUCGGUCAAAUCAAACAUAUUAUCUUUUUGUGAGCUUAAGUCAAGCACUUGCUGAUGAUGGCAAGUUUCUUCUUUCUGCUCGUAAGUGUAGGCGGCCAACAUGCACGGAUUACAUGAUCUCUCUGCACGCAGAUGAUAAUACUUCAAAGGGAAGUGAAACGUAUGUGGGAAAGCUAAGAUCAAAUUUUCUUGGAACCAAGUUUGUCGUGUUUGAUGCUCUUCCUCCCCAUUCCGGAGCAAAGAUGGCAAAAAGCUGGUCCACCCGCAUGGUCGGUUCAAAACAGAUUUCUCCUAAGCUUCCUGCGGGAAACUAUACUGUUGCUCACAUCUCAUACGAGUUGAAUGUGUUGGGAGCCAGAGGUCCAAGAAGAAUGCAUUGUGUUAUCGACGCAAUCCCAGUUUCCGCCAUUAAACCUGGAGGCGUUGCUCCAACACAGACAUACUUCCCUCUAACCAGCGUCGACUCCUCUCCCGCUCUCCCACUUUUCGGCCUAAAAUCGAGCUCUUUUAACAAAUCCUCUUCCGGCCUGACAAGCAACCAUGCCGACAGCCCCCUCGUCUUAAGAAACAAGGCCCCGCGUUGGCACGAGCAGCUCCAGUGCUGGUGUUUGAACUUUCAUGGCCGUGUGACUGUUGCAUCGGUCAAGAAUUUCCAGCUGGUUGCUUCCCCUGAGAACGGUGAGGCCGGACCAGAACACGAGAAGGUCAUCCUUCAGUUCGGGAAGGUGGGGAAAGACGUCUUUACAAUGGACUAUCGCUACCCGCUCUCAGCCUUCCAGGCGUUCGCCGUCUGCCUCAGCAGCUUCGAUACAAAAAUCGCGUGCGAGUAAAAGUGGUUUGCUGGGGCUAAGAGUGGUGUCCAUGUAAAGAGAUGUACGAUUCUUAACCACCUUUGUUCAAUCGAAUUAUUACUAUGUAAUGUAAAGAAUAUUGUCUCUGUACAAUCAAUCCUUUUUGUUAUGAAAUUUGCCAAAAUGGUGUGAA